AUGCGUGCAGAACGCCUUCUCGCAGGCGUCCUCGCGACGGCUGCAGCCUUGAGCCCCACGGCCACGCGCCGCCAGCUGGCUGGCGGGCUCGCCGGCGGAGGCCUUGCCUUGGUCGCGCCGCCAGCUUUAGCCGCCGACGUCCUCGAGAUCCCGCCGGCGACGACGAAGAUGGGCGGCCUCCUCGAGAAGUACGCGGACGCGACGCGCGGCGCCGAAAACUCGUACGAACCCCUGCACGCCGUAGGCGCCGGCUCGCCGUCGACGCGGACGUCGUGACGAAGUACAGGCCGCGCCCGACUCGCGCCGCGCGCAGGUGAACCGCGGCUUCCGCCUCUUGAAGCCGACGACCUGGAACCAGUUCGACGGCGAGCCCGGCGCCUAUGAUGUCAGAUGGGUCGACGUCGUCGCGCCCGCGGAGAGCGUGACGCUGUCGACGUCUUCCUACAAUGCCGGCCAGAGCAUCGAGGACCUCGCGGCCGUCGAUAAAUUAGGAGCGAAGCUUGCGGCCGCGCGCGGGACGCUGACGGGGGCGCGCGCGCGGCGGAGCGACUCCAUCCUCUUCUACGACUACUCGUUCAGUGGAGAGGGGCGCAGGGAGCUGUUGACCAUGUGCGUGCACAAGGGGCGGCUCUGGCAGCUCACGGCCAAGGCGCCCGAGGCGUCCUGGGGCAAGCGCGAGGCGCUGUACCUGAACGUCGUCGGGUCCUUCGUGCCGAAGCUCUAGCGUGUAAGAAGUGUGGUCCCUCCUGCCGACGAGGGUUGCGGCUGCUGUACUUAUGCUAGAGCCCCCCGCGACACGCGCCCCGCCUACCUGCACGCGGAGCACGUAGCGCGCCCGCCCGCGUGGGGCUCUUCUCCUCGACCAUCGCCACUUCCUCGGACGGCGGCAUCUCAGCGUCGCAAUCCCUCUUGUCUCUGGCUCGUCGCGGGCGGUAGCUGUGGCAAGGGCUAUUACGACGAAGCUGAAAACUGCGUGAAGCAAGACACGGCGAACUGCUGCAAGUGCCCAAAGGACCCUAAGUCGUUCAACUACAAAGGGUGCAACUGCGUGGAAAAGGAGCGGUACUGUUCUGGGGAUCUGGAGGAGUACCAAUUAGUGUCGGGGGGGUCCGCGCCGGAGUUGUUUGACAAUCUGGAGGACGCGCCGGAGUUGUUAGACGACCCGGAGGACGAGGGCGGCAAGGGCGACAAGGGCGAGAAGGGCGAAAAGAAGGGCAAAAAGGAAAAGAAGGGCAAAAAGGAAAAGAAGGGUAAGAAGCGCUAAAGCCGCCGCGAGGCCGCCCGCGAACAAGGUCGCGCGCCGCGCGGAAAUUAACCGGGCGCGCGCCGUCGACGGCGUCUGAAAUUCGGUAUCCUCGCAGGCCGCGGGCGGACGCCUCGACACCAAGAGCCCGGCGCGGGGGCGCCGCCGGGAGACGCCUAUGUACACACGCCGUCGCGGAGACGACGGCAUCGACUUUCCCUUCCCCCCCUGUACCUGACGACGCAAGACCGACACCGCCGCGCAUGACUGACCCCCACCGUUUUUCCGGCACAAGGGGUCACGACCAGGCGACGCUCGUAUCUAGCACGCAAGACGCCACACGCUGAAGCCAAAUCGUCCCUGGGAGUCCCGAGCCUGCCCGC